UUUUGGUCAAUAUGCCUGUGCACAGAGUGCUUGGCUCCAGGAUCUUCAGGAUGAUUUCCUCAUAGCCUUAUAUUCCUGCCUUGCCCCUAAACCUGCCAGUGCCAUGGAUCCAGAAUAUUCCAUCUUGUUCUUUUCCAAAUAUGAUACCAAGAAGCUUGUAGCUGCCCUGACUAGGUUCAGCCAGCGGUUUUCUCAUGUGCCUCUUUCUCUUGAGUGGAACAUGAUCUUCAUCAAUGGCCUGUGGGAGAAGAUGUUACAAGUACCUGAUAUUGCCAGCCCACCUGUCUUGUCUCAAUGGGUCCACCAUGGGCUUCAGCCAUUCCUGGCUGAGCCCAAGGUUGCUGCUUGUCUCCAUGCCAAAAAUGUGUUGUGUGAGACCUUUCAGGUGAUAGUUGCUGCCCUCAGUGGCAUAUAUCCUGACCUUCCAGUGGAAGAGCAGAGGAGCCUCUAUGCUGCCAUCAAAUCCUACCUCCUCCAGGAUGGAUCAAACCAGAAAUGCUACAGCGCAGACAUCCCAAGUCUGAAUUCCACUGCUUGGUUUAAAAACUAUGUUGGAUCCUUCUUGGAGCAUGCUACUGUUGGAGACCUGCAGCUUUUUGGUGAUGAAUCAACACUUCAAACCUUUGCCAGGGAUCCAGUCAAUCUGCAGAUGAUCAGCAACCUCACCUUGCUCUGGCAGACUGCUGUGUACUACACCUCCCUGCUGACCUCUGCACCUGAUUUCCCCUUGUCAAGUCUUCCAGACAGAUUUGUUUGCUACCUGAGCCCCCCAGCAGUGAGCAACCUGAGCAGAGCUGAGGCUCUGAGCUUGGCCCAGAGGAUCACCAAGAACUGCCCAUGGAACCUGACACGCAGAGGAGUAACUGGAGGGAGAGCUCCCUCCUCCCUGACCAGAGAGGAACUGCAGGUUGCAUCCUCUCUGGUGAGGAAGUUUGAGCAUUUCCCUGCUGCAGUCCUGCAUGCCUUGGGCCAAGCUGCAGCUGGCCUGUCCAUAGCUCACAUUGAGAACAGCAUCAGUGAUCAAGACCUUGAAGCAUCUCUUCCUGCCCUGAGUGAAGUUCAUGGCUGGAAUGCUGAGCAGUCCAGCAGCAUUAUCAACAAACUGCUCAGCUCUGGCUAUCAGAUCUCAGAUGGACAGAGCCUGGCAGAGCUGGGGAGCUUGGUGGCUGGCCUCAACAGCACCACGCUUCGAAGUCUGCCUCCAGAAGUCAUCUUGGAAGCCAUUCAGUUGCCCAAGUUUGUCCAGCAGAUAGAGGCCCUGCCCUCUGCCCUGAAGAUGACACUUGUGGAAAAGGUUUCCUCCAGUGUAAGCCACCCUGCUGACCUGGUUCGACACAUCCCUGAUGCUCUGGCCAGGUACAUUCCAAAAGCACUGCUUGUUUUUGGGGAAGAGAAGCCCAAUAUCCAGGAGCUCAACAGUAAAACCUGGACUCGAGAACAGGCUGCCAUGUUCUUCAGUGAUGUGAUAAAGGCAGAGCCUGACUUCAGCAGGCUUUCCCAGUCAGUCCUCCAAGGCUUCACAUGUGCAGCUGCCAACCAGACAGAAGCAGAAAGAUUUCAGGAGCUGGCCAAAGUCAUGAAGAAGAAGGAGGUCAAGCUAGGAGAAGACCAGCUGAGCUGCUUAGUGAAGUUGGUGACACUGCAUGGGAUUCCCAAGGAUUUGGACAGCUAUCCUAAGGAGCUGCUGCUGUUUUUAAGUCCUUCAGACUAUGCAGCCACAGGAAGCUGUGUGCAGUUCUUUGCUAACAUUGGUGAAGCCAAUCUUGAUGUUCUGCCAAGAGAAUCAUCCCAGCGGAAGGAGCUGCUCUUGGAGGCUUUGGCAUGUUUGAAGAUUCCUGGCACCCAGGUGACUGAGGAGAACGCAUCGAUUCUGGGCCACCUGGUCUGUGACCUGGGUGGGGAGUACAUUAGAAGUCCUGGCAGCAACCUGCUGAAGCACUUAAGGCAGUGUGACUCCUUCCUGCCUGACCAAGAAGAGGCCAUUAGGAGUGUCAUCAGCAGCGGUAACACUACCUUUGGGCCUCCUGAAGUGUGGUCAGCUUUUACCUUGAAUGAGCUCAGUGGCUUGAUUCCUGUGUUUGAUCACAGCAUCUUGCAGAGGAUCCCCAAGAAUGCUUUAACUCUUUGGCUGAAGACCUUUGCACACAAUUCCCCUCUGUCAAGGGAGCAGCUGGCCAGCGUUGCAGAAGAACUGCUGCCCACCAGGCACAGACGAGCAGAUGGUUGCCCACCUGGGAAGGAGAUAACUGAGGAGGUUCUUAACAAUGACAUGAUGAAUAUUGACUACACACCUGCAGAGUUACAUGCCUGCCUGAAGAAUGUCUCUCUGGACAACUACCUCACCCAGAUCCUGGUGUACCCCUUCAGUAUCCCACAGUUAGCUGCCCUCAAGAGGCAUCUGGAUGAGACGUAUCCUGAUGGGUAUCCUGCGAGGCUGUUCCCCAAGCUGGGGCCCCUCUUUUCUUUUAUCACUCCCGAGGAGAUCUCCAAAUGGAACAUCACUUCAGCUGACACACUGGCUGGCAUCCUGAAAAAUCAGCUCACUGCAGAGCAGGCUUCUGCAGCCAUCAGACGCUACCUGGACCUGGGGAAUGCCCUGGAUGCCACUGCUCUCAAUGCCAUUGGCACCAAGUACAUCUGCCUUCUCAAUGUGACUGAGCUGAACAGGAUAGACCCCAACAGCCUCAAAUUGGUGUCUCUGAACCCUUCAGCCUGCUCAGAGUCUACCAAAGACAUUUUAUAUGCCAAAGCCAAAAGGGCUUUCUCUGGAGAGCCUUUCCCUGCUUACUAUGAACUUAUUGAACCCUAUCUUGAGAGUGCUCCUGCAGUGGAUCUCCGAGCUCUGAGCACAAAGAAUGUGAACAUGAACAUCAGCACCUUCAUGAAUUUGAGAAGAGACUCUCUGAUGAGCCUGACACCUUCUGAGGUUCGGGGCUUGCUGGGAGUUCAUCUUCCUGACCUGAAGAAAUGGCAGUACAAGUCUCCCAUCUGGCAGUGGGUCCAAAGGCAGAAACAGUCAGAACUGGAUGAGCUGCAGAUUGGGCUGACUGGGGGAACACAAGAAGGUUACAUCAACCUUGCUGUGCCUAGACAUCAGUUACCAUCCUCAGCCUCUCUGGGUCCUGUGGCCAUGGCACUCCACCUCCUGCCUGCUCUGCUUAGCAGUUUCCUGCUGAUGUCUGUCUUGCCAUGAAGACCUUCCCUCCAAAGGAAGCCAGAUGAAAGGGAGCAGCCUCUGACCUGCCUUAAGGCCUGUUGGGGACAGUCAGCCCUGGGGGGUGAGGGGCUGCUCAGUGCUACCAGGUGCCUAUUGCACAGUUCAGGGUUCACUUUUAGGUAGUUUUACCUUUCAAAUCACUCAGCCCAACCCCCAGUUCUGUCUGAAGAGAAAAAUUUACACUCUUGAGAGCAGGAUCUUUGCCUUUUGUACAGACCAAGCCCAGGUGAGACCCAGCCACAUUCCUACAAGAAAUGCUGGCAAUGUUUUACUUCACCACCCUGGUGGGUUUCAGGGUGAGCAGCUUGGCUCUCCCAGAUCUUAACUGCUGCAUUUCCCCAGGAGCCUUAUCUCUUGGUACUGCCAGCACUUCUGAGUGGGAGUGAAGUGUUCCAGCUGACUGUAAAAGGAUGAAUGGAACCUAGUAAAAGAUGCCAGAAGCAAA